UCGCUAUCAUUUGCUUAGGUUUACCAGUUUAAUUUAUUUUGCCGACUAUUACUGACUUAGUUGAUAUUAUAAAUAAAUAAAGAAUUGGAAUUGACAGAGAAUGUUAUACGGAAUAUUAAGUCUUUGUUGGAUUCCGUUAGCGGGAUUUAUUUCAUUCUUAAUUAUUUUAUCUGCAAUCAACAAAUCUAUUGGUGUGCGGAAAGCAUACGUUUCUCUCCUUCUAAGGAUAUUUGAGUACGGCCGAAAUAGUAUAGAAUCGGAAAAAACUGUUGAAGAUCAAGAUCCACAUGUGGAAUUGGUGAACGGAUUAGACACAAAAGAAACAACAACGGGAUCAGUGCUUAUCAACCGGGAUGCUGUUCUGCUACCCCAGGCUCAAGAACUUACUCAUGAAAAAUCCAAUGUUUUAAAAAAGGAGGAAAUAAAUUUCGAUUUUGAAAAUUGCUUAGAUUACGUAAAAGCUGGCAUUGAAGCGAUUAUCGAGGAUGAUGUCACCUCAAGAUUUCAGGCUGAAGAGCUUAAAAACUGGAAUAUGCUUACGCGAACAAACCGACAUUAUGAAUUUAUAUCAUGGAAAAUAACAUUGAUAUGGGUGCUUGGAUUUGCAGUGCGAUACAGUAUAUUGAUGCCACUGCGCGUACUAGUUUGCUUCAUCGGAGUUGUAUUUACAGUUAUUUCAAAUGCAUUUGUGGCCCUCAUACCUUACCGAUUUUUGCGGCGACCCUUAGCGGAUUUGUGUUUCAAAAUCACAUUCCGUCUUAUAUCAAGUUCUAUUUCAGCAGUUAUAGUCUUUCACAAUAAGCAAUAUAAGCCCAAUUCUUCUGGGUUUUGUGUAGCCAAUCAUACGACCCCCCUGGACGUUGCAAUACUCUCAACAGAUUGUACAUUUUCCUUGGUAGUGUGGCUAACAGCAUGCACAGCUGCUGUGGGCAAUCUAAAGGAUGGCGAUAAGAAACGGGCUAUUGUGAAUAAGGUUCUGGGGCAAUGCUUUGGUGUCUUGUCCAGCGCUAUUUCUGCAGUUAUAACUUAUCAUAAUGAGGAUAAUCGGCCGUCAUCGACAGGUAUUUGUGUGGCAAAUCAUACAAGCCCCAUAGAUGUACUAGUACUGAUGUGUGAUACCACCUAUUCUCUGAUCGGCCAACGGCAUGGUGGAUUCCUUGGCGUUUUGCAAAGAGCCCUGGCAAGGGCUUCUCCCCAUAUUUGGUUUGAAAGAGGAGAAGCCAAAGAUCGUCACUUGGUUGCCGAAAGACUAAAGCAGCAUGUGUCCGAUCCAAGCAAUCCGCCAAUUCUUAUAUUCCCGGAAGGCACUUGCAUAAACAAUACGUCGGUUAUGCAGUUUAAGAAGGGAAGCUUCGAGGUUGGCGGCGUAAUAUAUCCCGUUGCCAUAAAAUACGAUCCUAGAUUCGGCGAUGCAUUUUGGAACAGCUCCAAAUACUCAAUGAUGCAAUAUCUUUACAUGAUGAUGACAUCAUGGGCAAUUGUGUGCGAUGUGUGGUACUUGCCGCCAAUGUACCGUCAGGAUGGCGAGUCGGCAAUAGAUUUUGCCAAUCGUGUGAAGGGUGUCAUAGCCAAACAAGGUGGACUGGUGGAUUUGGUAUGGGAUGGCCAGCUUAAACGAAUGAAGCCGAAAAAGGAAUGGAAAGAAAUACAACAAAUUGAAUUUGCAAAUCGAUUAAAAUCGGAUUGACGUUUCAGUUAAAAACUUAUUAUGUUAUUAUUUGUAAUUUACAAUGGAGAAAAUGUAAAAAUAAAUGACUUUACCAAAAAAAAAAAGAAAA